GCAAAGUCAAAUUUCAGAGACAAGCAACAAUUUUAUGUCUUAUCUUAACUUAAAUUAACUUCAAUUCUUACAUUGUGACUUCAUUGAAUAUGUUUAGAAUAGAGGAAGUGAGAAGAUCCUUAUCAUGUCCGAGUCUUUAUCCAGUAAAGGUCUAUGAGUACUCUGUACGGCGGUCUGUGAGCCUGCCACUGCUGGUGGAUGAUGUGCAAGAUUGGGAGCCACACUACCAUGGAGCUCAGAGAAGCUUCUCUUCUGCUCUCUUCCUCUCCCCUGCGCUCUCCCUCUCCUCGUCAUUGGCCUCAUCAGAGGACUUCAUGUCUGCAUGCUCUUCCCUUGCUCUGUCCCUCAGUAGCUCCUUGGGGUCCAUGUCUGCAUGUAGUCGGCUGUCUGCUUGCUCCUCUCUUGAUCUGUCCCUCAGCAGCUCCUUGGGCUCCGAGGCCUUCAUGUCCACCCGAAGUGAGCUGUCUCCUACGCCCUGCCUCUCCUCUGCUGUCUCGCUGGGGAGCUUGGCAUCUGACAAAUUUGUGUCCGACCCUCCACGACCCUUCACCCCUGUGAGGGACCCAGCGAUAACCCGAGAGAUGAGCCGUGCAGCAUAUUCCACCAACUCUCUGUUUGAAAUGACGCUCAGCACACGGUGCAAGAUGGAGGCAUGCAGAGAGGACAAAGCUCAGCAGGGAGAACAGGAGGAAGUGAAUGAAGUGGAGGAAAAGAAGGAGAAAAAGAAGAAGGGAGGAAAGAUGAAGAGAUGGAGAAGGGCAGUGAGAAGGGCAGGCCAUUUCUUCUGCUGCUGCUGGGGGAGGAGAGUGGAGGAGGAGGAGGAGAGAUGAGGAGUAGGAGAGAUGAGGAUGAGAGAGAUGAUGAGGAGGAGAGAUGAGGAGGAGGCGGAGGAGGAGGAGGAAAGAGAUGAGGAGGAGACCAGAACACACAAGACACACACACACACACACACAAAC